AUGCAACUCAGCGUCACAGGCAGCAGUGGUUUGUGCGUUUAUCUCCUGCACACCCCGCUGAGAGAAUACCAGGGGUGGGGAGGCGGGGGUCAGCUCGAAAAGAAAAAAGCCUCUGAAAAAGGCCCACGCGCCACAGAGCCUCAAGGCUCCUUUACUCCUACAAAAAUGGGUUCAAUUCGUCGUUCAAAAACCAAGCGAAUGACUCGCGGCCUCGACCAAAUCCAUGCAGACCUCCGCAGUUCCAAGCGGCUCGCGCAGCUGAGGGCGCUUGUCCCAAAUGAAGACAAACCUGGUCUCGGUCAAUUUCACUGUGUUGAAUGCGCAAAGUAUUUCGAGAGCGAGUGGAACAUGACCCAACACACACGAGGCAAGAACCACAAACGAAGAGUGCGCAUGCUGCUUGAAGAGCCCUAUUCCCAAAAGGAAGCGGAUGCUGCAGCGGGGUUGGGAACCACUUCGUUUUAUGAGGCGCUCGAGGCAAGGAAGGAGGCAGAGAGAGUUGCUAAAGAGUCCGUAAAGCCUAUGGAGGAUGUCGAAUAA